UUAAUUUUAUGUCGCUGUUUAAUAUUUAAAAGCAUGCUUAAGUAUUUUUCAUACUUUACACUUGACUCAAAUUCAAUCAAAAUGGGAAAUUAAAAAAAUCCACACAAGUUACAUAAUUCAAAAAUUGUUGUUCUACAAAACGAAACGUAGCCUUACUUGUAUUUACAAAAUCAUACGUUCGACGUUCGGCGUAAAGUUAUUGUGAAUUGUGAAAUAAUUAAAAAUGUCAGGUGUUUCAAAGCGGCAAAUUCUAUCAAUUUACAAGUUUCUUAUAAGAGAAGCGGAAAAGUUUCCUAAUUACAACUUUAGGGCUUAUGCAGUGAGGAGGGUUAAAGAUGCCUUCCACGAUAACAAGGGCAUCACAGACCCGAAACAAAUCAAGAAACAAUAUGACUUUGCAAUGGAAAACCUCACUAUGAUCAGAAGACAGAUUAUCGUUGGCGAUCUAUACAGGACUGACAAAUUAGUCAUUGAAAAUGUACAAUAAAUGGCUAGAAGAAAUACCAACAGAAAUACAAGGUCCAAUUAAUUUGAAGAAGUCUAGAUUCUAUAGACUGAAGUCUAAACAUUAUAAAUGUCAAGUCCGGACUCUUUGGUCAAACUUUUCCUUUGCUUCGUAAAGGUGGACUUUAAAGUUUUCUAUGUAUUUGUAUAUAUUAAUAAAGAAAUAUAAAUGACAGCUAACACCUAAUUGUGCUAUUUGCAAUUGUCGAUGAAUGAAUUGAAAUAGGAUCAAAUUUCCAAAAAUCUAUCGUAUUGACAGUGAGUUUUCCGCCCCAUACUGUCUUACAAUUUUUUUAAUGGCAAAAUGCUUAGGAACACACGAAUAAUUUCCAUCAUUCAUCGGAAAUUUUAAAAAGCAGAAUUGUUUGUAAAUAAUUGCUUUGAAUAGAAAAAUGGAAGACCCAUUCUAAAAACUAGAAAUUUUGAAAAUUACUUUUGCGUUGGAACUUUGUCACGUUUAUUAAGUCAUGUGACUCGAAUAUUCGAAUAGAAAAAGACCAUUAAAAGACUUAAACUUGUCAACUUAAGCCACCAUAUUGUUGGUCAAGCACGUUAGCAAUUUGCGCAUAAGGACACAAUGUUUUGUUUAUUUUUCAAUUCUAAUUGUUGAGUUAUAUAUAUUUUUUUAAUACAAAAGCAGAGUGCGUAAUGAAAAUGGACUUAUUGAUGUUUCGAAAUUAUAUUCCAUCGAAAACGACACAAUAAUUUUAGCGCCUCUAGUGGGUAUAACUGUAAAAAACGUGAAAAAAGACGUCGUAGUUUUAUAAAGAGUGGUGUAAUGACAUCACAUAACCCCAAAAGUCUAUUCUUUCACCUCCGUUGCCCUGCAAAAACCUCAUUCCUCUUAAUUCCUUUAAACUCCUCCCAUUCCUCAAUUAUCCUUGAGCCUCCUCUCCCCUCCCACUUCCUCCAAUCCGACACUUCUAAUAAUAUUCAAAAAAAAAUAAAAAAAAAUCUAUAUUAUGUAAUAUAUUAUGAUGAAAAUUGUAGAUGAGAAUUGGAUAGUGAUAUUAAUAUGAUAAUAAAGUAUUUUUGUUCGCUUAAAAUUGUUAUUAUUUUGUUUUUCAGAUAGUUUUGAAAAAAAAAUAGCUUUGGUGAGGCCGGUAAUGUUGGUAUAGCAACUCGCGAUAUUAUUGCCUCGCAAUAUCAUGGUCUGAAAUGACAACCUAUGUCAGUAUAUCAGUCGUAAUAAUAACCUUUAAAAACAAAUUAAGAAUAAAAUAUUUUUGCUCUAUGUUAAUUUUGGCUUAAUUAUCAAAAAAACGAAUAUUUAGCGCAUUUAGAUGGUUUGAAAUUAUAUGUAUUUUAUUGUAACUAUGCAUUUCUUUCCGUUUCUAAUUUAAUGUAAGUUUUUAUUGUAAAUAAUGUUUCCUUAGUGUUAAUAAAAUAGUUGUUCUAA